AUGAUGAUGAUGGAGGGUUCCUUGUUGAGAAUUACUUUAACCCUUUUCCUUUGUUUGCUCACUAUUCAUCCUAAUUUCUGCACUGCCCACUCUGAGGUUCGUUGCAUUGAAAGCGAGCGACACGCCCUUCUCAACUUCAAGCAUGACCUUCUAGAUCCUUCAAACCGGCUUGCCUCUUGGGCAUCUGACGUGGAUUGUUGUGACUGGGUCGGUGUUCUCUGCCACAACGUCACCAGUCAUGUCCUCCAACUCCAUCUCCGAAGCUUUUUUCCUGUGAGAGACGAGUUUUCAACUGAUGAUGACCAAAGGCAAAGGGAUGCUCAAUACGAAGCUUAUGAGAGGUCAGUGUUCGGCGGUAAGAUAAAUCCUUCUCUGCUUGAUUUGAAGCAUUUGAUUUACUUAGACCUCAGCUACAAUGAUUUUGGUGGUACUCACAUUCCCAAAUUCCUCGGUUCAAUGGGGAGAUUAAGAUAUCUUAAUCUUUCCCGUGCGGGAUUUGUGGGAUUGAUUCCUCAUCAACUUGGGAAUCUCUCUAAUUUGCACUAUCUCAAUCUUGGACUUAAUUAUUAUGAAAAUAAUAAUUUAUAUGUCAAGAACCUUCAAUGGCUCUCUGGUCUUCCUUUACUACAACACCUUGAUUUGAGAAUUGCAAACCUUAGCAAAGCCUCUGAUUGGCUACAGGAGAUAAACAAACUCCCUUCCUUGUUAGAGUUGCAAUUGUCAGAUUGUGAACUUUCUCAUUUCAUCCCACCACCGAUACCCAAUAUUAACUUUUCAUCUCUCACCACCCUCGAUCUUUCAUCCAACCGUGGUUUCUAUUUUCAAAACACUUCGAUUCUGUUUUGGGUCUUUGAUCUUCACAGCCUGGUUUCUCUUGAUCUAUCUGACAAUCAGCUUCAAGGUCCAAUCCCUGUUCAUCUCCAGAACUUGACUUCACUUAGGCACCUCGAUCUAUCUUAUAACAAUCUCAACUCUUCAAUCCCUAAUUGGCUCUACAGUUGUAAUCAUCUUGAGUUCCUCGACCUCGGCACCAAUAUUUUGCAAGGUACAAUCUCUAGUUCCAUUGGAAACCUAACAUCUGCCAUUAGCAUAGUCUUGUCAAACAAUGAACUUGAAGGAAAGGUACCAAGAUCUUUGGGUAAUCUCUGCAGCUUAAGGGAAAUUAGAUUGUCAUACAACAAAUGGAGUCAAGAGAUAUCUGAAAUCUUUGAAAGUCUAACACGAUGUGUUACAAAUGGACUAGAGAUCUUAGAUUUGUCUAGUGCUCAACUGUCUGGGCAGUUGAUUGAUGAUCUUGGGCAAUUUAAAAAUCUGGUCAUCCUUUCUUUGGGGUAUAAUUCAAUUUCAGGUCCAAUUCCAUGGUCUAUAGGAAAUCUUUCCUCUUUGAGAUCCUUGGACCUUAUGAGGAAUCAAAUUAAUGGAACUCUCCCUCAAAUCUUUGGACAACUCUCCAAAUUAAAGUCUCUGUAUAUUGGUUUCAAUAUGUUGGAGGGUGUGGUGUUAGAAGUUCAUUUUGCCAAUUUAAUGAGAUUAAAAACACUUUUUGCAUCUCAAAACCAACUGACUUUAGAAGUAAGUGACAGUUGGACCCCUCCUUUUCAACUCAACUCUUUAGUUUUGGAAUCAUGGAAUUUAGGGCCCAAAUUUCCUUCAUGGCUCUGUUCACAAAAGCAACUUUUGAGCUUGGACAUAUCCAACACAGGGAUUUCAGAUGCAGUUCCUCCUUCCUUUUGGAACUUGACUUCUCAGCUUACUUAUCUAAAUAUCUCUCAUAAUCAAAUCUAUGGAGAGAUUCCACAUAUCCCAAUGAUUUUGUCCUAUGAUUCAAUAAUAAUUGAUAUGCGUUCAAAUAACUUCACAGGUCCAUUACCUUGUAUAUCCUCAAAUGUGACCUUUCUUGAUCUUUCUAACAAUUCACUAUCCGGAUCUAUUUCUCACUUUUUGUGUUACAAGAUGAAUGAGCCAAAAAAUAUGCAGUUCCUCAAUCUUGGAAAAAAUCUUUUAUUAGGGAAAUUAAGUAAUUGUUGGAUGAUGUGGAAAAACUUGUAUGCCCUAAAUUUGGGAAAAAACAAUUUCACUGGUACAAUUCCAACCUCCAUUGGAUCUUUGGUUCGUCUUUCGUUUUUGCACCUAGACAACAACAGAUUCUCUGGAAAAUUACCAUCCUCUUUGAAAAAUUGUAAAGAUUUGGUGACCAUUGAUGUUGCUAAGAAUGAUUUUGUUGGAAGCAUACCUUCUUGGAUAGGACAUAGACUUUCAAGCUUGGUGAUUCUUAACCUUCACUCAAAUAAUUUUCAUGGUUACAUUCCAGAAGAACUCUGUUCUCUAACGUCACUCCAAAUCUUGGACCUUUCACAUGAUAUGCUAUUUGGAAGCAUACCUAGAUGUGUCCACAAUUUUAGUGCCAUGGCCACAGGUAACAAUUCAAAUUAUCCCUUUCUUUUAUAUUACUCAUUCACAGGAUAUAAUUCUCGGCCUUUUGAAAGUCAAUCGGUUGUGAUUAAGGGAAAAGAUCUUGAGUAUUCCACCACUCUUCAACUGGUAAAACUUAUAGACCUUUCCAACAACAAUUUAUCAGGUGAGAUCCCUGAAGAAGUGACUCGUCUCAAAGGAUUACAAUCAUUGAAUUUGUCAUUUAAUAUCUUGACUGGAAGAAUUCCUGAGAAAAUAGGUGAUUUGGGAUUUGUGGAGUCUAUUGAUUUCUCAAGCAACCAACUUUCUGGUCGAAUUCCUCAAAGUAUGUCAAGUUUGACAUUUUUAAGUCAAUUGAACUUGUCAAACAACAAUUUGAUUGGGAGAAUCCCGUCAAGCACUCAACUACAAAGUCUCAAUGCAUCCAAUUUUUUUGGAAACAAACUUUGUGGACCUCCACUUACUGAUAAUUGUACUAUAAAGGACGUACAACCAAACAUUGAAAAUAAAGAAAGCAAAGUUUUUAGUGGACUUGUGGUAGAUUGGUUUUAUGUGUUCAUGGCACUUGGGUUUGUUGUUGGAUUUUGGGUUGUAUUGGGUCCUUUACUGUUGAACAGGCAAUGGAGGGUUUUGUACUUUCAAUUCUUGGAUCACCAAGGGUACAAGCUUAGGGGUGUAGUGACACAAACUUGGUAGUGUUGUAAGUAAUUGUUGUAAGAUUCUUAAUAUUUAGUGCAAAUGUCACGUAAUCAUAUUAAUCAGUAGUUUGAUGAUUUCUUUAUGAUCUUGAAGGUCAUAACUUCUUGUAUUACUUGUUAUAUUCGCUCCAUUAACAUUUAUGAAUAUGAUGUUUCUUCUUAUGAACGUCUAUGUCAGUCCAAUUUGUAGUUUUAUGAUUCCUAUAGAUUAAUGGUGUAAAAUUACAUUUAAGUUCUUAAAUGUAAU